AUGCGGGGUCCGUGCUGGUUCAUUGAGUUUGACCGUGUGGAGGCGGCUGUUACUGCACUGAGGAACAUUGUGGCUUUGGAGAGUUUUGACUUUGCCGUGCAAGUUCAGAUCAGCACCUCUGCCAUGCCUCUGGAGCAGGCAGAGCAGCAGCAUAUUGCUGCAGGGAACAUCGCUGCAGCAGAAGCUGCUGCUGCUGUUGGCGGUGGUAGUGCUGCUGGUGCUGGUUCUGGUGGUGGUGUUGGUGCUGGUGCUGGUGGUGGUAACAGUGUAACAGAGGAAAGUGCACCGAGACUCACUGCAAGUGGCAGCAGCAGCAGAUGGGACAUUCGCGAACCAUCUCAUCCCCAUCCACACACUCCCUCCUCCCAUCCUCAUAUCCCCUCCUCCCAUUCACACUCUUCCGCCUCCCAUCCACACAUCCCCUCUUCCCAUCUACACACACCCUCUUCCUCCACCUCUCUCCCACCCCACCCCUCUCACCUCGUGGGGUCUGCUAGGGGCAGAGCGGCAGGUGUAGCUACAGGUGUAACGCCAGAUGUAACAGCAGGUGUAACGGCAGAUGUAACAGCAGGUGUAAUGACAGGUGCAGGGGCAGCGGACGGAGGAGGGGCCAGUUUUGAGAUAUCUCGGAAGUGGGAUAGUGCACGGGUGGGAGAUGACUUUGCAGCACAGGAGGAAACGGACAUGGAUUUUGAUGAUGACGAUGGUGCCACUAUCAAGCACAUGUCUGUGCCUAUACCUAUGCCUGUUCCUGUGCCUGCGUCUGUGCCUGCGAUUGUGUCUGCGCCUCACACUGCUGCUGCCCAGCCUCCUGUCUUGCAACCCUCCCCUCCCCGCUUCCCUACUGUACCCCUAUCGCCCCCCGCUCCUACUCCCCCUUCUCUUCCUCCUCCACUCCUGCCCCCGCCCCCACCCCCUCAAGAGUCUCCUGUUGCUCCUCCUGGGCCCCCUCCCCUUCCACCUCCUCCUCCUCCCUCGUCCUCUGCUUUACCAACGUCAGCUGCUGCUGCUUCUGCUGCUGUUGCUGAUGCUGCCGCUGCUGCUGCUGGUGUUGGUGUUUCUGGCGGUGUUGCCCCUUCUCGUGUUGCUGCUGCUGACGUUGGUGCUGCGGUUGGUGCUGCUGGUGUUGGUGCUGCCUCUUCGCAAAUGGAAAGGAAGGCUGCGAGGGAGGAAGGGCGGGAAGCGGACGGAAACGAGUCAAAGAAAGACACAUCGACAGCUGGCGUGAGCGAGGAAAGGCGAGGAGAAGGGGAGAAGGCGGAUGAGCUGCAGCAGCAGCAGCAGCAGCAGCAAAUGGUGCUGCAGGAACUGCAGGCGCAGAGGCAGCAGCAGCAGCAGCUGCAGCUGUCGCUGCUGCCGCGCUUUGCGCUGUGCAAGAGCGGGGUGAUGUACUGCCACGUGGCUGCUUCCAGGCAGCAGAUCCGAGGCAGCCGCUACGACCCGGCCCUUACUGCAGGCCAGCACGAGCCACUCGGCGGGGUGAUGUACUGCCACGUGGCUGCUUCCAGGCAGCAGAUCCGAGGCAGCCGUUACGACCCCGCUCUCACAGCAGGCCAGCACGAGCCACUCGGGUCUUGGCUUGAACCCAACCCACAGUUCAAGUGCAUGGCAGGACUAUCUGCGGCAGAAGAAGCUUCGUCUCCUCGUCCUCUCCCGUCCUCCCCUUGCCCCCCUCUUCACAUGCCCACAGUUCACGCACAUGGUGGACUAUUUGCGGCAGAAGGAGCGUGCAGGGGUGGUGAAGAGUUUUUAGGCGCCUUACAAAUCAUCAUGCUCCCCCCCCCUUCCCCCACCCAUUGCCUCUCACAGUUUACACGCAUGGUGGACUAUUUGCGGCAGAAGGAGCGUGCAGGGGUGGUGAAGAUCCCUCCGGCCAAUGGCGUGUGGCCACGUAUGCUCUACGUGCUGCCGUGGUCCCGGGAGAUGUGUGAGCUGCUGGGGGUCACUACCGACUCCCCUGACUGCCUGCUCGGUCUCAUACUCCCAGCUGUGCCGCUCCCCGCCCAUUGA